UCAAGAGCCUCCGUUCUUCAGAAGCUCAUUAAGGGCCUCCAGGAGGACUGCGCAUCAAUUGGAGUUUCCUCUCUGCCUUUUUAAGCCUCUCUGCUCGGGUUCAACUCACUCACUGGCCGAGGAGCGUCAGAAAUGGACUCAAUUUAGAGCCAAAGCAGAGUGGACAUGAAAGAUGUGGCGCUGUGAGGAGGCAUAUUAAAACAGCAGGAAAGGCCCUUGGACUUGAGCCAAAUAGGAUCUCACCCUGUCGUGAGCUGACCGGAUUUGGAGAAGUUUUGGGUGUACUUGUUGCGAUGCCCUUCUUCUUCGGUCUCUGGAUGAUUUCAGUCCAUCCUGUACGAUUUGUUUUGCGUCAGUUUUUGCGCCUGCAGACAUACGAAAGUGACAUUUUUAACGCAGGACUACUCUCUGGACCUGGAUGCAGAGAUGCAAGGCAACUAAAUGGACUCCCCGUUAGUUCAUUUUGUCACUGACUUUAACCUGAUGGAUAUUUCGCAGAAAUACAACAUGACACCAAAACAGCAGAUGGACGAUGACCCAACGAGUCCCAACAGCAACACCUCACCCUGGAGCCAGGACCUGGACCUGGAAAGCGGCGAGCAUGUGGUUGUUGGUGCACCCAAGUUUUACAGCUGCGGGGCGCACGGGUAUCAAAACAAGUCCAAACGGAGGAGGAUCAUCACUGUGGUGCAGAGGCAAGCGGCCAAUGUGCGGGAGAGGAAGAGGAUGUUCAGUCUGAAUGAGGCGUUUGAUGAACUGAGGCGGAAGGUGCCUACGUUCGCUUACGAGAAGAGACUUUCACGGAUAGAUACGCUGCGUCUGGCCAUCGUCUACAUCUCUUUUAUGACGGACCUGCUGGAGCAAACCAGCCACAGUAGUCCAAUGUGAACUUAAUUCCAUGGGUAUAUUGGACCGCGCUGAAAGUGUGGACUGAUAAACUCUCCUUUUUCAGAGACUGAGAUCGUAAAUCUAGACAAAAGUUAAAAAUAUUUGAAACCAUUACAAACUUUUUAAAUCCCUCUUUUCUCUCAAAUUUCUAUCGGUGACAUCAGUAUUGUUCAUGGCACGCAUUAGGAGUAAUCUCAAAGAAGCCACUAAAAAUAUUAAACAUUCAGUGUUUUUUUAUUUUAUUUUACCCAAACUACCAGAAUGAUUAGCUAUAGGCCUAUGUAGAAAAAUUCAAACAUUAAACAAUGGGCCUAAAACUGAAUCUAAAAACAUGCAGGAUACGCGAGACAACACGUCAUACUCAACUGAUGACAGUUUUACGAGUUUAGCACAAUGUGUACGUUACUGUAACCCUGCAUCUAUGAAUAAAUUCCAAUAACUUCCAAUAAAAGUCAAAGUCCGCAAGGCGACGCUUCUUUCAGGUGUGUUCUUUCAGCACCCUGGAGAGCGACACAGCCGCGAGCCUCACCUGGCCUCGUGGUAACAUGGAACAGGUGUGUCUGAGAAAAAAAUGCAGUGUUAGGCUUUACCUUCUUCCAGAGAAUAUUCAAACAAGUAAAACAGUUUUAAUUUCCCCCCUUGAAGCCUUAUCAACUUGUCACUUGCAAAUGCGUAAAGAUUGAGCGGAUUUUAAUCGCAAAGUCAAGGCUCACUGCAUGACGCUGAAUGUUAUCUUUAGCGCAGAGGUGUGAAUUGAGUCAGGGGUAAA